AUGCAGGACGGCGACGGGGCCAGUCCUCCGGCCGGGCGACGGGGCAAGCGUAGGGCCCGGGGCUCCCCGGAGCCGCCGCCCCCGCGCCCCCGGCCCAAGAAGCGCUACAGCCGCCACGCCAAGCCCCCCUACAGCUACCUGGCCAUGAUCGCCCUGGUCAUCACGGCCGCCCCGGGGAAGAAGCUGAAGCUCGCCCAGAUUACCCGCCAGAUUGGUGUGUUUUUCCCAUUCUUCCGAGACAGUUACCAAGGGUGGAAGGAUUCCAUCAGGCACAAUCUCUCUGCCAAUGACUGCUUCAGGAUGGUGCUGAAGGAUCCGUCCAAACCCAAAGGGAAGGGGAACUACUGGACGGUAGACGUGGAACGGAUCCCUGCCGAAGCCCUGAAGCUGCAGAACACGGCCAUCUCCCGCCAAGGGGAAGUGACUUUCGCCCCCGACCUCAGCCCCUUCGUGCUGCAGGGCCAUCCCUACGUGCCUCCCGGUGGCGCUGCUGCUGCUCCGGACCCCCAGACGCCCCUCCCAGACGAAGCCCACCACCUCACGGAAGAGGAGAGCCCCAAGCAGCCACCCUGCAAGGCGGCCUUCACCAUCAGCGCUCUGCUGAAGCCACCGAGCGAAGAUGGCGGCACUGAAGCCCGCCCCCCGAGCAUGGACGGAGCCUCCGUCGGCCACCUCCACCCUCCUCCUCCUCCUCCUCCUCUCGUGGAGGGUGGCCAAGGGCCCCCCGCCAACCCUCCCCAGCUGCCCCCCGCCUGCUGCACAGACUGUUUCCAGGUGCCCCUGUGGCACCCACAUGGCACUUCGUCCCUGGCUGGGGGGCCCUUACCCCUGCCGACUUUCCUCACCAUCCCAGCCUCGCUCAGCCUGCCCUGUUGCACUUUAGGGCCCGCUCCCUACGCCGGUUCUCCUUGCUGGAACUUGGUGACGGGCCCCUGCCCACCCCACCCGUACCCAGGCCUCCCCCCCGGCCCGGUGGAAGUCCAGCAAGCUGGCCACCGGCCGGACGCCUCCUGGCUAGCAACCCCUCUGCCUUGG